AUGAGACUUUCCACAUUAUCACUGUCGCUACUGGCAAACGCUCUGACGAGCGUAAGCGCCGCAACUACAGUGACCGCCAGUUCGUCAAGUACGGCCACCACAUGCAAUCCACUGUCUACUUCCUCGUGCUCGCCCGAUAAGGCGCUUGCGACUUCGAUAGCAGUUGACUUCACCGAGGCGUCUGAUUAUUUUGGCGUUUAUUCCACUGCGGACGAGAUCUUUUACAACGACACGGGUCUCACGCUGACGCUGGCUGAGCGGUUUGACAACCCAUCUCUGAAAUCCAAGUUUUACAUCAUGUUUGGACGCGUGGAGGUGGAGCUUAAAUCUUCAUACGGUCAGGGUGUUGUCUCGAGUUUUUACCUUCAAUCAGACGACCUCGACGAGAUUGACAUGGAAUGGUUUGGUGGUGAUGCUUCGCAGAUGCAAUCGAACUACUUUUCCAAAGGAGACACAUCUACUUACGACAGAGGUGAAUACCACGAUAUGGCCGAUCCAAGAUCGGACUACCACACAUAUGCACUUGACUGGACCAGUGAGGAGUUGACGUGGUCCAUUGACGGAACCGUGGUGAGGACCUUGAAGAACACAUCAAGCGAAGGGUAUCCUCAGACGCCAAUGUACGUGAUGAUGGGUAUCUGGGCUGGUGGUGACUCUACAAACGCGGAAGGCACCAUUGAAUGGGCAGGUGGAGAGACUGAUUACUCUGAUGCACCUUUCUCCAUGUACAUCAGAAACCUGGUUGUGAGUGACUACUCUACGGGUUCAGAAUACAGCUACUCGGACCAGAGCGGUGACUGGACCUCUAUCGAGUCCACUGAUGGUGAAAUCAAUGGACGCAAAAGCAAGGCUGAUAAGGAGUUCAGUGCUUUGGUGAGCGGAAGCAGUGGAUCGAGUUCAGCAGAUUCGGAAACAUCUACUCAGACUAAGUCUUCUACUAAUACUAAGUCUUCAACUGAGACUACGUCUUCAACUGAGACUAAGUCUUCUUCCAAAACUUCUUCAUCAAAGUCUGGAUCAACUUCAAGUCUGGCAAGUUCCAGUGCUUCUGGCAGCACCAAGUCUUCUUCGAAAGCUACAACUUCUAUCUCUGCCAAAUCGAACACCAAAACUACACUCACUUCAGUCACCAAAUCCAAGUCUAAUUCCUCAACUUCCAACUCCGUUUCGGUCAGUGAUUCCGGUUCGGCUCCAUCUUUCAAGUUGGUCAACUCCCAACUGUCUGCAUCUUCCAUUUCAAUGAUAGUUGGAACCCUCACCUUCAUCGUCGUUGGAAUUGUCAUAUAG